CAGUCGGGUCCGAUUCAAUUUUUUUGCUUUGGGCCGGGCAUUGGUAAAGCAAAAAAUGACUUUUUAGUCUUUUUUUUUUUUUUUUGCACGGCUCGAUUUUGGCGCAAAAUAGCGGGCUUUGCGCACAAAAUUUUAACCUGGCCCGACCAAUAGGCAAUUUUUAAGCGCAGUCCGGCUCGAACUCGACCCGACCUGACCCAUGACCACCUCUAAAUUUACCUAAUUACUCCCUCCGUCCUCUAUUAGUUUACCCGUAUUCCUUGUAAGGGUGUCCCUUAUUAGUUUACCCCUUUUUUAUUUGCUAUUUUUGAUAUGGGACCACAAACUUUUCAUCACACAUACAUUCAACUUUAAUAUAAAAUAAUAGUUUCUCUUUAUUUUUAUGACCCACAACGUUAUUUCUCCUAAAACUCUGUGUAAAAGAAAGGGAUAAAUUAAUAGAGGACGAAGGGAGUAUUUAGGUAAAAUCUCUUUAUCACUCUCCCUGUUACUUUUUUUUUUUUUUUCUUCGAGGGGUACAAAAAAUAUUCUCCUAAUUACUUUAAUCCUUUUCCAUUUUUUUCCUCUCUACUUUUUUUUUUCCACCUUUUUUUAAAAACCAUUUAAUUUUACACUUUCCUUAAACUUCAACUCCGCAAACACCGCCGUUUUUUGCAUAACAAAACACCCACACUCACACACUUUCACAGUUCCACUCCACUCUCUCUAACCAAACCAUGACGUCACUUUUCGACGACACACCGUCAUUCUCCGACGACGAAAUCCCACAAUUCGACGUCGUUUCCGACAUCUCCGAUCAUCACUUCGCCGGAAAACGCCUGAAAACAUCAUUAUCAACAUCAAUAUCAACAAUAGCAUCAGUCCAUAAAAAGAUAAUGCAAGAAUGGAAAGUCCUAUCAGAAAACUUACCCGAAUCCAUAUUUGUUAGGGCCUAUGAAACCCGGAUUGACCUUCUUCGGGCCGCAAUAGUGGGAGCCCAAGGAACACCAUACCAUGAUGGGCUUUUCUUCUUUGAUAUUGCUUUUCCGUCGGAUUAUCCAGCAAAGCCUCCUGUGGUCUAUUAUCAUUCAUUCGGGUAUAGGAUCAACCCGAAUAUUUAUAAUAAUGGGCGUGUUUGUCUUAGCUUGUUGAAUACUUGGAAUGGUAAAAAGUCUGAGAAGUGGGAUUCUAAGAAUUCUACUGUUCUUCAGCUGCUACUAUCAAUCCAGGCAUUAGUCCUGAAUGAAAAACCCUUCUUCAAUGAGCCAGCUUUACCACCAUGGCUAGGGCGAGCUUUCUGGGAGAAGAAAUCAAUAACAUACAACGAAAGAAUGUUUAUUUUAAGCUGCAAAACUAUGUUAUUGGUGCUUCGAAGGCCGCUAAAGAACUUCGAACCAUUGAUCAAUCAACACUUUAAGGAUCGCGCAGAGUUUAUACUGAAUGCUUGUGAUUCUUACAGAAAAGGGUUGCCGAAAGAUGGGUUCGUAAAAGGGGAAGUUUCAGCUAAGUUUCAAGGGGAAAUGGAUCGAUUGUAUGGAGUCUUAGUGCUGGCGUUUUCGAAAACUGGGGCUCAUGUUGAGCCAUUACUUCAACAAGUUAGGGAGGAGAAAGAAAUGAAGGCGAAAGAGAAAACAGCUACAGAUACUGCAACUGCGACUUAUGUGGGGAAGAUUAUAAGUGUUGUUAGCAAAUUGAAGAAGAUUGUGUUUUGGGGAUUUACGACGGAAAACAAGAAUAAGAAAUCCAAGACGGACAUUGAUUGAGUGACCCUAAGGAUUGCCAACCCUCUUAUUAUUGAAUUUUCAUUGGUUAGGAAUACAUUAAAACAUUAUUUUUAUAUCUCUUCUCUCCUCAUUUAUUACAUACAUAUCAAUAUUUUAUUCUAAUGUGUCUAAGAGGGUUGGCGACCUUAAGGGUUACUCAAACAUUUUCCACCCAGGACAAUUCUUGUCUAGGUUUUACUGUUUUAGUGAGAUCUUAGGAGUAGUUCUUUAAUAAAAAUAUUAAGACUAAGAGUGAUUAGCAUAAAUAACUAUUGAUGAUGGAAAUUGCAUAUUUUUUUUGA